GUGUAUAUAUGAGCAGCGUCCAGCUCUCCGCUCUGAGUCUCCGCCGUCAGUCAGAGCAAACCUCGAUCUGCCCAACAUGUCCUUCAUCCACGCAUUUCUCGAGCAGACCAUCUAUCUGGGCGGGGCCGAUGACUUGUCUGUCCAGGGAACGGUGAGGCCUUUUCCUCAGUUCAGCGCCAGCGGAGAUGCUGCAGUGCUGGACAAAGCCAUCAAGGCGAAGGGUGUGGAUGAGGCCACUAUCAUCGAGGUGCUUGCAAAGAGGAGCAAUGACCAGCGGCAGCAGAUCAAAGCCGCCUAUCAGCAGGCUUCUGGCAAGCCCCUGGAUGCAGCUCUGAAGUCUGCUCUAAGUGGUGAGCUGGAGGAUGUGGUCCUGGCCUUGCUGAAGACUCCUGCCCAGUACGAUGCCCAGCAGCUCAAACUGGCCAUGAAGGGCUUGGGCACAGAUGAGGACACGCUGAUUGAGAUUUUGGCCUCCAGAACCAACAAAGAGAUCAGAGAUAUCAAAAAGGCCUACAAGGAUGAAUUCAAGAAGGAACUGGAGGACGACAUCAAGUCUGACACGAGCGGAGACUUCAGGAACGCCCUUCUGGCUCUCUGCAAGGCUGCCAGAAGUGAAGACAAAACCGUAAACGAGGACCUGGCAGACAAGGAUGCCAGGGCACUGUAUGAGGCAGGAGAGAAGAGGAAAGGCACAGACUGUGCUGUGUUCAUUGACAUCCUGACCACCAGGAGUGCUCCUCAGCUCAGGAAAGUGUUCCAGCAGUAUCAAAAGUACAGCAAGGUGGACGUGGCCAAAGCAAUCGACCUGGAGCUGAAGGGAGACAUUGAGAACUGCUUGACUGCCGUUGUGAAAUGUGCUGGAAGCAAACCUGUUUUUUUUGCUGAAAAACUCAACCUGGCAAUGAAGGGAUCCGGCUACAGAGGCAAGAUCCUGACCCGUAUCUUGGUGAGCCGCUCUGAGGUGGAUUUGGUGCAGAUCAAACAGGAGUACAAGAAGAAGUACGGCAAGACUCUCUACAAGGACAUUUUGGAUGACACCAAAGGAGACUACGAGAAGAUCCUGCUGGCCUUGGUCGGAAGCGAUGAGUAAAGACGUGUAUUCUCUCUUUCUGUCCUCAACGAAGAUGGAAGCGAGUCAAUUUCUGCUAAGUUUCUGCCAACAAACAACUUGGGAUGAAGAAGGAAUAUAAUCGAGACUUAAGUGAUGAAUAAAUCUUUUGUUCAGUGCCA